AUGCCCCCAAAAUCCCAAGACCAGGUAGACGACAAGCGCCAAGCCGCAAGAGAGGUCAUCGAUAUCCUCCAGGAGAUCUCCGACCUACUGAAUACAAACCUGGACAGAACAGAGCUAUCGCUUUGUGUGUCUCUUAUUGAAAACGGGGUCAACCCCGAUGCUUUGGCGACUGUCAUCAAGGAUCUGCGCAAGGAGACUGGCUCAAAGCGCUUGGGCAAUGCUCCCGUGGAGUAA